AUGUCAAUUCUACAGAGACAAAAGCAAUUAAGCCUAGGAAGAAAAGUUUUCAACAUCCCAUCAACCCUCACCUCCGAUGCCACCCUCUCGGCCGAUACACACCACCACCAACACGCCAUCACCAUCGCCAUAACCAUCACCAUCAGCAAAAACAACCAAAGAAGGGUAAGGGUAAAGCCCUCAACAAAAAGACGCCCAUUGUACCACCUACGCCCGCAUCACAUCAGGCCACCCACAAGGCCACAGCAACCAUUGACACCAACCCGGCCGGCCCCAUGCGUGCCCCGUUCCCGUCCCCCAAAACUUACAAGCCAAUAUAACUCAAAUCCAAGGUCCAUAUGGGAUCGAGAUUCAGCAAAAAACCGGGCUCAGGUGUCUUGUUUUGUGGACUCGGCUCCACAAGUCCGGCGUUGA